GACCUUUCUGCCUAGGAGGGAAACACUUCCCACCCCGGAAGUGACAUCAUCCUAAACCUCAACCUGCGCCCCAGGCAGCUGGCCCAGGCAGGCAGCAUGCCGGGUCACGCGACGCCAUUCCAACUGCCUCCCAGCACUUCCGUCAACACAGAGUGGGGCCUUUCAAUGGAAACAGAACCAGUUAUCAGAAGGUAUGAAACCAGGAGGAACACAAGAAUAGAAGAACCAGCAUCCAAAUCUCGGGUUGAUUGGAGGCGGACUAAAAGAGAGACCAUAUUGCUUGACAGUGAUGAAGAACCCACAUCUGCUUCAGAAGAUGAACAACUCCCCUCUACAUCAGAAGACGAAGUGGAUGAAAAACAAGAAACUGUGGUUAAGAGGUAUAAUCUUACAGAUCACGAGGAGAAAGGCCAUGAUGACGCAGUCGUAGAGGAUGUGGAGGAUGAGUGCAUCACUCCAGGGAAGCGUAAGAGGUCAAGCACAUCUGUAAUGUAUGACAGUGACAGGAGUGAUGACAGUGACAUCCCUGUUAGAAAAGUAUUUGCUAAACGUUAUUGCAUAAUGGAUGAAGAUGAGUGUUCUCAGGAACAGGAACAAUAUAAAACCCCUACUGCAGAAGACGACUUGACUAAUAGGAAACAGAAGCAGCUAAUGAAACUGAAAGAACUCGCAAGACAAAGAUCAGCCCGGGCAUCCAGUAAUAGUAAAUAUUGUGGGGAUUAUGAUGAUGAUGAUGUGGAAAUAAUAGAAGAAUCAUCCUAUCAUUUACCCCUCACACCAACAGAAAGCAGUGACAUUGAUGAUAAUGAUGAUAGUAUGAAAGACUUUAUAGUUGAGGAUGAGGAAGAAUGUGCAGAACAUUCUGAGGAUGAAAACCAACCACAAGGGAAAGAACUGGCUACAUCAAAAUUCCAAUUACUGGACUAUUACAUUCCACGCUUCUCUCGCUGUGACCAUUAUGUCCACUUCCAAAGAGUUGUAAAAGCUUUCCUCAUCAACACAAUUGAUGACACUUUUUUGAGCUCAUUGUAUGAUGGAACAAGGCAAAAGAGAUAUGCACAAGAAAUGGUAACCUCACUCCAUUAUUUGGAUGAUCGCUUUAUUCAACCUCGUCUUGAAAACUUAAUCUCUAGAAGUCGCUGGAAAGAACGAUAUAAGGAGCGAGUGGAUUGUUACCCUGAAGUCCGCAUAGUAAUGAAAACUCCAAUAAAUAGAUCCUGUCAAGCUUGUGAACUGCAUCGGUACUGUAAGUUUGCUGUGUUGCUGUCAGGAAAGCUGUACAACUAUAGAACUUUGGAAACCGAUGACUUCAUGUUGGAUGACAAACAGGUUUUGAAGGUUGGCAGCGUGUGCGCAAAUCGUACAAGGGUUUAUCAUAAUCUGAAACAUUUUAAAUUCAAGUUGUAUCAGCGCUGCUGUUCAGUUACAGAGGUGGAGGGCAUUCAGGAUGAGCCAGUCAAAGACACAGUCGACAGGCUUUUCAGUCAAUUGGAAGAGAGUGGCUGGAUUCAGGAGAGAUAUGAUUAUCUGGAAGAAUAUAUGAAUGAUGCAGAUUACUUCCAAGAAGAGAAAAUGGACUGAGUUGUCAUUCAUCUCUUUGAAAGAAGCUUUGUAAAAAUCUCUAAUUAGCUGUGAUAUCCACCUGUCCACAAAAGUAUCUCCAAAUGCUUUUCAGGAUGUUUUCUUACACUGCAUUGUAUUUAAGUCUGUAGCUGUGCCUGUAAAUUGCUAUACAUAUAAAAAGAAAAAGCAGCAUAUUCUUUUAUACCCCUUAAUUUUAAAUGUCAAAAUAGUGAUUUAAAAAUGUUUUAUGAAGUAAACAACCGUCUAUUAUGCAUAGGCUACUUGAACUUUCCUUUGUGGUUAAAAAGACUAGUGUCCAAGUACCUAUGUAUUUAUGAAAUAAAACUUCUGAAUGUUGAUGCCUAGCUCAAUGGCAGAGAUGUGAGAGCUGGUAAGCCCCAAUUAACCCUUUUUGGGGUAGGACUACUUCAAUAAAAAGUAUAAAUUGCAUCCCAUCACAUCCCUAUGAACUUGAAAUGAGAAUUAACUAGUUAGCAUGGUUAUAGUGAGAAUGAAACAUAACCAGACACAUUCAUUCUUAAUCCAGCAUCAAAACGACCUUCAUUUCUCAUCCCUGGAGACCUAGAAUAGUGCAAUUUGCACAUGGCCAUAGCAUCUGAUAUGAAAGACGUCUAUAUGUGGUACAGAUGCCACAAUAGCUACUACCAUGUUCUGGAAGAUAGGUGGAUAAUUCCUGCAAAACUAAUAACAGUAAUCGCCUGGCUGACAGGUGGGAAGGUACAAAAAACCUUAUUUGUAUUAUAUCUACUAGCAUAUGUGCUGGGGUGUCGUAACUCUCUGGGACAUGUAAAGCCCUAACCCAACUUUCUCUCUCCUAGGUCUUCAGAGAUGUAGGAGUUUAGUGAUGUGGCACACAUUAACCCCUUGGCCUACUUGCUGCACAUAAAAGAAAGCAGGCCGUGGGGGAACAGAGAACUUAGUGAUAAGGGGGAAAGUAAAUGCUGCUCUUUUUUGCUUGAGUUGUGGAAGAGGAUAACUACUUCAAACUCUUCUUACCUCCUGGACAAGUGAAGGAUGUUUUUUACUGUUGAGUCAUUUGUUUAAACCCUACAUAGGAACAGAUAUUAAAGUGAAUGUUAUUCUUGGGGUGUAGUCUGAUCAUACCUAUGAAGAGAACCUACUGUCUAACAAUGCUUUGUAUUCAAUAUUAUAAUACUACUGUAGUCAUGCAUGCUUGUCACCCUGGGAAUUGUGGUUUUAUGGCUGAGCAUGUUGCAGGGACAGGCUGAGUUAAUUUUUUUUUUUAAUCAACGCAGUAAAAUGAAUUCAUAUUAAGUACAUGAUCUACUCACAGGCAGUAUCCCAGUAUCCAUACACUUCAAUUAUGUAGGUCCUAGUGUCUUCAUGCCACUAACUGCAUAUUGUCAGAAUAAAAUGUCAAUACAUUAAUCACCCUCCAGAUUACCUCUGGUAGAUACCCAAUUGCCCUGCUUCCCAUGCUAGCACUUACAUAUGAUCCUGCAAGGUGUGUGGCAAAGGUAUGAGUUAACUCUGCUUUCUGCAGUGAAGACUUGCUUCCCUCUCCACUUGUUUUUCCAUUGCUAUUUGAGGCCUGAUGCAAAGCCUGUCAGAGUCAAGGGAGAGACACCUAUAUUCUUUAAUGGAUUUUGGAUCAGGGUCUUGAGGAAAAUCUUACUAGACUUGGCCCUGAUCACAUCACUUUAUAGGAAGACCAGGCCUCUUGUACAGUGCACCAGAAGAAUAAAACCUGUGUAGUGCAUUACACACCACCUUGUCAAAUGCACACCAUGCACCAAUUAUGGUUGUGCCCUGGGCAGUCACAGUUAUCACUUGAGGGUGAAAUUAUUGCACAGUACCACUUUACUGUUGCAUACUACUUUUCCUUUCAUGCAACUUUUUUUUUUGAUAUUUCUAAUAGUCUUCAUCUUUGCAGAUGAAUACAGUUUUGCAACAAGUAGUCUUAUGUUUAACCUCCUUUGCAAAAGUGGGCAAUGACACUGAUUUUUCCAGCUAAUAUUGUGUUAGCGUUCAAGAGGGUUUCUGUAUCUCUCUGACAUUUACCAUGCUUAAGAUUACACUGUUCAUGUCUAGAAACUUUGAGCACAUCAUUGUUAAAAAGUACAACUGUGGAAAGUGGUUUUGUAUUGUAUAAUAGAAGAUAUCUACUGCCACCUCUUCAGUUAAACUGCACUGACAAAAUAGGGGAUGCAUUUUAAUAAAAAUGAAUGUGCUUUGCACCUUUUCCCACCA